GGGUGGACUCGUGCAGCAGGGAAGGCGGUCAAAGACACAACUUCCUGCUCCGGGGGUAGCAAGAAGCAGGCAAAAAGACGGGGGCACCGAAAAUACACACAAGAACAGACGCAAGGGCGAUCCACAGACGGGCCAAUGGCGGACGGGAGGAUCUACGUGGGGAACCUUCCGGCGGAUGUGCAGGAGCGGGACCUGGAGGACCUGUUCUUCAAAUACGGGAAGAUCCGGGACAUCGAGCUGAAGAACAACCGCGGCACCAUCCCCUUCGCCUUCGUCCGCUUCGAGGACCCGCGAGACGCUGAGGAUGCAGUGUAUGGGCGGAAUGGGUACGGGUUUGGGGACUGUAAGCUGCGUGUGGAGUACCCGCGCUCCUCCUCCAAGUUCAGCGGCCCUGCAGGGGGGGGCCCCCGCGGCCGCUUUGGGCCCCCGUCACGCCGCUCCGAGUUCCGCGUGAUCGUCACGGGCCUCCCCCCCACGGGCAGCUGGCAGGACCUGAAGGACCACAUGCGCGAGGCGGGGGACGUGUGCUUCGCUGACGUGCAGCGUGACGGCGAGGGCGUGGUGGAGUUCCUGCGCAGAGAGGACAUGGAGUACGCCCUGCGCCGCCUCGACAGGACAGAGUUCCGCUCGCACCAGGGGGAGACGGCGUAUAUCCGGGUGCUGCAGGAGCGGGGGUCCAGUUGGGGUCGUUCUCGGUCCCGGUCCCGGUCCCGUUCGCGGGGACGCUACUCCCCGCCCUACCAGAGCCGCGCCUCCCCGCCCCCCCGGUACCACUCCCCCCCGCCCCGGCGCCACUCCUUCUCCCACCACAGCCCCCCCUCCCCCCGCACCCCCCCCCGCAGCCCCCCCCGCCACUACCGAUAAACACACACACACACACACACACUCACACACUCACACACACACACAUAACCCCACUACCCAUAAACACACACACACACACACAUAACCCCACUACCCAUAAACACACACACACAUAACCCCACUACCCAUAAACACACACACACACACACACACACACACUCACACUCACACACACACACACACACA